GGUACCGGUUCCAGCAGUUUUGAAAAUCUCUUCAAGGCCUUGAAAUUAUACAACUCGUUUCAGAAAUGUCCAGGGAAAAUUCUCCAUAUAUUCAUAUUGAAAGAACACUCUUAAUUAUUAAGCCGGACAUUAUUAAUUAUGCAGAUAAAAUAGAAGAGCUUAUCUUACAAAAAGGAUUCUUGAUAAUACAGAAGAGACGCGUUCAUUUGACACCAGAACAAGCAAGCGAAUUUUAUGCAGAACAUUACGGGAAAAUAUUUUAUGCAACAUUGAUUGCCUACAUUAGCAGUGGUCCGAUAGAAGUACUAGUCAUAGCUAGAGAAAAUGCUAUAUCUAUUCUUCAUGAAUUAAUUGGUCCACAAAAUGCAUUUAAAGCUAAGGCGACGGCACCUGCAAGUUUAAGAGCUAUUUAUGGUACAGAUGAUCAACAGAAUGGAAUACAUGGAAGCGAUUCGUUUACAAGUGCUGAAAGAGAAAUCAGAUUCUUCUUCCCAGAUAGUAAGUAACUUGAAUGAAGUUUUGUGUUUCUUUCUCACAAAUCUCACCAAACUUGCCAUGCUACUAAUAAUCAUAUUCUUACUGAAACUAACUUUGGGGCGAUUUUUCAGAGAUCCAGUGAGAAUCUAUGACCUAUGGAAUUGAACCAUGUCGACUAUGAGAUAAGCACCAUUGAUUACAGUGGAUGAUAGUCAUUCAAUAUUGGAGAGUGACUUGAGUUGAAAGCAUGAACCCCUCGAUGGCAGUUCAGUAAUUUGAAGUUUGAGCCCUGCUAGGAUUGUUUAGGGAAGCUGACGAGGGGUCUUAUAUUAGAACAAAACGCCGCUCUAGUGCUUCCUGAUUUUUAACAGCUUCCCAGCUAAAUCUAGUACCUGAUAUAAAAUAUAAACUAUUUUUUAAUGUAUGCUUAUGAUAGUGGAAACUAUGAUUAUGUGGCGCCAAAGAAUCACUCAGAAACCAACUUUAGUUCGUCAUUUUGUCUUAAAAUUGACUGAUCGUUGCACCGAUCCCCGUAAGACUUGCAGCAAAAGAUUACUUAGUUCGGAAUGUAAACCCAACUUUACUAAAAGGUUUGACAGAACUGUGCAAACAAAAACCUAAGGAUCCAGUACUUUGGCUGGCCGACUGGCUGCUGGAAAAUAAUCCAAAUAAACCUCAUCCCAUCGAUAUGGUCACCUCUUGAAACACUAAUAAGAAAAUUUCAAAGAACGUAUGAAGGAUUAUGAGAGUGCAGAGUUUUCAUAAGAACCUAUAGUCAUAUCUGAAAAUAAACAUAUACUUCGUUU